AUGCAAUAUGCAAUAUACUCGCAUCGGGUAGCUCGGGCAGGGCUUGUUGGUCCCGAACUCCGACCCCCGCAUGCCCGACACGAGCCCCGAUGCCUCGAGGCACCAGCGCUAGCCGGCCUACAUAUCAUGUGUCAUCAUCAUCGGACAACAACUGAAGGUAUCAUGGUAGUUUCCAACCCCCAGGCCAGCUCUUCAAACCCCGUGGACAUGCAGCUCGAUCAAUCAACUAUCGAUGAAAGUCUCUAUUCCCGGCAAUUAUAUGUCCUUGGGCACGAUGCCAUGCAGAAGAUGGCCAACUCGGACGUGUUGAUCGUUGGCAUGAAAGGAUUGGGCGUUGAGAUCGCUAAAAACAUUUGUCUAGCUGGAGUCAAAUCCGUAACUAUACACGACCCUGCCCCAACUUGUCAAGCAGAUUUGGGCACACAGUUUUUCCUGCGCGAUUCAGAUAUCGGGAAGCCGCGCGAUCACUCGACGCAACCAAGAAUGGCCGAGUUGAACUCCUACGUUCCAGUUCGUGUCCUGGGAGAAGAACUUACGAAGGAUGUCUUGAAAACCUUCCAGGUCGUAGUGUUUACCAACACACCCCUUUCGAAACAAUUAGAGUUUAACGACUUCACGCAUCAAAACGGAAUCCAAUUCAUCUCAACGGAUGUCAGGGGUCUUUUUGGCUCAGUGUUCUGCGACUUUGGUCCCGAAUUCAUCGUCUUGGACACCACCGGUGAACAACCUGUUUCUGGCAUGGUGGUUUCCAUAGAAAACAGCUCUGAAGGACUCGUCACAACUUUAGACGAAUCAAGGCAUGGUCUUGAAGAUGGUGAUUAUGUCACAUUCACCGAGGUAGAAGGUAUGGACGCCCUUGUUCAGGGUGAACCACGCAAAGUAACCGUAAAAGGUCCGUAUACAUUUACCAUUGGGGACACUACAUCGCUGGGAAACUACAAGAAAGGUGGAUGGUUCCACCAAGUCAAACAACCCAAAGCGUUACACUUCAAAUCUCUCCGGGAAUCGUUGCCUCAACCUGAGUUCUUGAUUACCGAUUUCGCGAAGUUCGAUCGGCCAGCUGUCCUACAUACGGGCUUUCAAGCUCUUUCGCAAUUCGAAGAGAAAUACCACCGCCUACCAAAACCGCGAAACUCUGCAGAUGCCGAGUUAUUCUUAGCAAUGGCCAAAAGUAUCCACAAAGGUGACGAGGAGCUCCCGAAAGAGGUUCUUGUGGAAUUAGCAUAUCAAGCUACGGGAGAAUUAGCUCCCAUUACUGCAGUCAUUGGUGGAUAUGUCGCCCAAGAGGUUCUGAAAGCAUGUUCGGGCAAAUUUCAUCCAACUUUCCAACAUCUAUAUUUCGAUGCGCUCGAGGCCCUUCCCACCGAAUUACCAACCGAAGCCGAUGUUCAGCCCACCGGAUCAAGGUAUGAUGGUCAAAUCGCAGUGUUUGGGAGUCAAUUCCAGAAGAAAAUCAGUAAUUACCGACAGUUCCUAGUCGGGGCUGGUGCGAUCGGAUGCGAGAUGCUGAAAAAUUGGGCCAUGAUGGGUCUAUGUGCGGGUCCCGAUGGCAAGAUAUCGGUAACAGAUAUGGAUUCGAUUGAGAAAAGUAACUUGAAUCGGCAAUUCCUGUUCCGACCUCGUGACCUUGGUUCAUUUAAGAGCGAGGCUGCACCCAGGGCAGUUAGUGAAAUGAAUCCAGACCUUCAAGGAAAGAUCCAAAGCUUUCAAGAAGCCGUGGGAGAUCGCACGGAGCACAUCUUUGGAGAUGAAUUCUUUGACCAUCUCGAUUGCGUGACCAAUGCGCUCGACAACGUUCUAGCCAGACAGUACAUGGAUCGGCGUUGUGUGUAUUACGAGAAACCACUCUUGGAGUCAGGAACAUUAGGAACAAAGGCCAACGUGCAGGUUGUUCUGCCUCAUCUGACCGAGUCCUACUCAUCUUCCCAAGACCCACCAGAAAAAGAGGCUCCGAUGUGUACCGUCAAAAGCUUCCCCAAUAUCAUUGAACACACCAUUCAGUGGGCGAAAGAGCGUUUUUCCGAAUUCUUUACCAAACCCGCCGAGACAAUUAACCAAUACCUCACGAUUCCGAAUUACCUUGACACUUUGAGACAAGGAGGGAACCCGAUCGAGCAGAUCAACCAAAUCAAAGAAUUCCUUGUCGAGAAUCGCCCAACCACCUUUGCCGACUGUGUCACAUGGGCUCGAUUGAAGUUUGAGCUGGAGUUUAACAACGAGAUCCGACAACUGUUGCACAGCUUGCCACGUGACUUGAUUACCAAGGAAGGCGUUCACUUUUGGUCUGGUCCCAAAAGAGCCCCUGAGCCGAUUACGUUCAACCCCAACGACCCUCAGCAUAUGACGUUUAUUAUUGCGGCAGCGAACCUUCUAGCAUUUAACUAUGGAAUUAAAGGUGAUCGGGAUCCUUCCGGAAUCCAUAAACUCGUCAGUUCAGUCACUGUGCCCGAGUUUUCCCCCAGAGCCGGUCUUCAGAUUCAAGUGAAAGAUGACGAACCGGUCAACAACCAAGCCAAUGGUGACGAAGAUCAAUCAGAGAUGGUGGCCAAAUUGCCCAAGCCCGAAGAACUAUCCGGCCUCAAGCUUCACCCAUGCCAGUUUGAGAAAGAUGAUGAUACAAACUUCCACAUGGACUUCAUCACCGCGGCCUCAAAUCUUCGGGCGACCAAUUACUCGAUCGCGCCGGUUGAUAAACACCGCACUAAGUUGAUUGCCGGACGGAUCAUCCCGGCCAUCGCGACGACAACUGCUCUGGCUACCGGUUUGGUUUGCAUCGAACUCUAUAAGAUUAUCGGUAAGAAGGAUAAGCUGGAGUCCUACAAGAACGGCUUCGUCAAUCUGGCCCUGCCCUUCUUCGGCUUCUCUGAACCGAUCGCUGCUGCCAAGAACAAAUAUUACGACAUAGAAUGGACCCUCUGGGAUCGUUUCAAUAUCGAUUACGAUCUUACGUUGCAAGAGUUGAUCGAUUAUUUCAAGAAAGAGAAAAAGCUGGAGGUGACUAUGCUGAGCAGUGGAGUCUCGAUGCUUUACAGUAGCUUUAUGGCUAAGAAAAAAGUGGAAGAAAGGAUGAAAAUGAAGAUGAGUGAACUGGUCGAGACAGUUUCCAAGAAGGCGAUCCCCCCACACGUUAAAGCCAUGAUAUUCGAGGUCAUGGUCAAUAAAACUGAAGCUGAAGGAAAUGAAAAUGAGGACGAGGAAGACGACGACCAAGAUGUGGAGGUACCUUACAUCAAAAUCCGAAUCCGCCCAUGA